UUUUAAUGCAACCGCUGUUGAUAGCUUUGUAAGCCACCUUUCAAGCCACCUUUCAGAUUAGAAAGGAUUUUCAGCAGUCUUUCCGUACUUCUGUUCUCUCAGCCCAGUCCCUCUUUUUUCGCAAAACACAGUUCUUUUAUUGUGCUAGGAAUAGCCGUACAUUCAUCUUCCAAUUGUCUCUUAAAAUUUUAAAAGGGAACGGUUAUUAAUCCUAAAUAGCAACUAGCCUUUCAACGCCGGUGAACGGGAAGAACUUAUAACCCGACCUGGCUCCAAUAUGAGGCUUUUGCAAGGCCUCUUUUUCUCUUUUUUUCUUUUCUUUUGUAUAGUUCAAUCGACGGUAGCGAAAUCAAGGCAGUUAUACGUGAAAUCACUGACAACAUGUAUGCCGAAUUCGCAGUUCUCAGCUUCGACAUUGGACGCUGUGUACUACCCAGAUAACACUUCUAUAUACUUUGAUGUAUCAGCACGCUCUCUUGUUUCUACCAAUGUUUCGAUUCAUGUAAAUGUCAGUGCUUAUGGAUUCACGUUGGAGAAAACAAUCGAUCCUUGUAACAUGAACAUUGCUGGGUUCUGUCCCAUGCAGGCCGGAAACAUCAUAUUAGAAGGAAACCAUAAUUUGACCGGUGAAGUAAUCCAAUGGAUCGAUGAUCUUCCUGGCAUUGCCUAUUUAGUGCCUGACUUGGACGCAAAAGUAACCGUCAAUAUCUAUGAUACCGACAACAAUCAAAGGAUUGCUUGUGUAAUGACAAACGUUGAGAAUGGUCGUUCUGUGUACUAUCAUGUCAUAUACUGGGUUAUGUGCAUGGUGAUUGGUAUUCCCUUGCUCUUGUCUCUACUUUUAUCUCCUGUUCUUCAAACUCCAGCUAUGUGGGAAGUUUUUGAAAACAUGGUUGUAUUAUUCCAAUUUGCACAGAUGCAAGCUCUUUAUGCCAUGAUGGCAAGCCCUCUUCCUGCAAUUAUUUUCAGCUGGGGACGUAAUUUCAUCUGGUCUAUGGGAAUCAUUAAAAUAGGGUUUAUGCAAAAAGUUUUCACCUGGUAUGUGAAAUCCACUGGAGGUGACCCGUCAGUUCUUGUUGAAAUGGGUCCCCACGCCAACGUGGGUCUUGCAAAACGUGGACUAGAAACUGCGUCUUAUUUUUCUAAAAGAGCUUCCAACUCAACUCUAGGAACAGGCUCCUCCUCGAGUUCGAAUAACGGUACAGUGGCGCUUAGAGGCAUCAAACGUAUUUCCUAUUUGAUGGGAAUUGAGACGACUAACUUUUUUAUUACUGGAUUUUCAUUCUUUAUCAUCCUUCUUGGAUUUACCGUAUGUAUUGCCAUACUGUCUCGAAUUGUUCUUGAGGUGUACUAUCUUGUUGCUCGAGAUAAGACAUUAAAAAGACAACGCAUUCGUGAAUAUUGGAAAGCCAUCACGAAAGGCUUUUUUUACCGUGCCAUUUAUCUUGGCUUUUGGCAAAUGAGUGUGCUGUGUAUGUGGGAAAUAUAUACCCGUGACUCUUCAGCUUUGGCAUUUUUGUCUAUGUAUGUGAUCGUAGAUAUGGCUGUUCUAUUGUUGUACGCAUUUGUGCGCACAAUGCAAAUCAUUCGGAAAACUGGUGCUUUUUCUGAUCCGGAUGCACUGUUCAAUUUGUAUUCAGACACUCAACAUUUGAUGAGAUGGGGAUUCAUGUAUGUGAGCUACCGACAUCGGUUUUUCUUUUUGAGCUUUUUCUUGCUCGUUGUAAUUCUAAUAAGAUCGAUGUUCAUCGGUUUUGGUCAAUCCUCGCCCAUUGUACAAGGUUGUGCUAUGUUUGCGAUUAGCGUUGUGGAAUUCUUCUUCAUGAUCUUUGCUCGACCCUAUGCUACAAAGCACUUGAAUAGCUUGCACAUUGGUAUUGCUUUGGUAAAUUUGAUAAGCGGAAUAUUUAUCCUCAUCAUGUGCAAAGCAUUCACAAUAAAUGAAUUAGCUCGUCAAGUUAUAGGUAUUGUGUUCUUUGCUAUUAAUGCUAUCGCGAUGCUACUAUUAAUUUUGGGUAUUUUUAUUCGCAACGUGAUAGUGUUAUUAAGAAGAAGCAAGAAUGGUACCUAUUAUCGUAUAUUGGAUGAUUCGAAUAAAAAGAGUACUUCUAUUCAAGACUUUUCUAAGCACCCGAGCUCGGAGAUCAAUGUUUACCAUGAUUCUGGGUUGACGGGAACGACAGCGCGAGGUUCGACGGAUAUACGCACUACGGAUAACCCAUUUUCCAGUGGUGACGACAGAUUUCCGAAUCAUAAAAAUAUGCCAUGGCAAGCCAUAGAGGAAGAGUCGUUCGCCAGGUUGCAUGAAACAAAACCAAACGAGCUUUAUAGCGAUCCUAGCGAUGUGGCAUCAAGCAGAGGAUAUCGACGAAGACCGUUGCCUGAGACACCCUUCUAUUAGUUUAUUCUUUCUAUUUAUAAGCAUUUUCCUAUAAGAGGCGUCAUAUAGUCAUUACAAAGUGGAUUUAUAAACAGUAAAAUCCAAUACCGGGACUACUCGUUGCUUGUGGAUCCGCCGUGCGCAAUACCAUUAUGGUAGCCGUUUUAUGCAAAAUUUGGUAAAGACGGCACUGUUAGAUCUCGGAGAAGAACCCCCUUAAAAACAACAACUGCAUGAGCAUAAGUCAUACUUUAUUUAUUUUGAAAGAUAGUUGUUAUUACUUGAUACUGCAUACCCUGUUACUGUCUAAGUUUUUAUGUUUACGUUGUUUCCAAAAAUCUCUUUUGGAAAGUUCGUGUGUGAUAUGAUUCGAUACCUGAAGAUCCUCUUUCUCUCUUUUUUAUCCGAGGACCUAUUUUAGUUUUUCUGUUGUCUUUAGAUGUGAAUACAAAUUUGAAUACCUUAAG